AUGACUGAAAACCAAAAUUCGUACUUUAAGGAUACAGGUUGUAAUGAUUGGGAUGUUGUCGAGUUCUACCGAAACUGGAUACACAACUACCAAGAGGACCCCAGCAAGCUCGAUUACCAGAAGGCUAAAAUCAAACUUAUUAAUUGUCUUGAAGAUAUUGCUGCUUUAUCUCCUAAGUCAGAAAAGCCAAAAUCUUCUAAGAAAAGCAAAGGCGGGUGUUUAUUUGUUUUGACAUGGUGUCGCGAUAAGAUAAAGCAAAAACGUAAGAAGGGAAGUACCAUCGAUAACAUAUGGAAAUCCGUCGAAAUUGAUGUAUACUCGAAAAAGACCGAGUUGGAAAAGGCGAAGCUGAAACAUGUUCAGAUAAGUGGAAUGGUACGCACUGCAAAAGAAAAUCAAGAAUAUGCAAGUACUAUGAAUAAAGGAGUUUUAUUAGACUUUGAAGGAGAGUUUGCUGAGAGAAAGAACAAACGAGCGCUUUUUGAGACUCCAAAUAAGAGACCACGUAAACAGGAUUCAGUGGAGAAGGUAAAGGAUUUUUCCGCCGGAUAUGAUGGACAAAUAUUGGAUCCAGAACUUUUUCUCGUAGUGACUGAUAAGGAAUAUGAUGUUGAGAGUAGUGAGCAUCCUUUUGACUACAAUGAAUGGACUCUAAAGUCUGGCCUGAAAGUAAUCGAUCUUUUAAAAGUGGCGGCUGGCAUUAACGGUCAUUUUAUGAGAUUAGUUAUAGCUGAUAUUGCCAGUUUGUGUUCGCAACACAUUAAUUUUUCAAACCAUGUUAGACCAGAAGUAUGGGGUAUAGUCCGUUGUGGACUAAAAGUCGCAAAACCCAAAUGGUGUGAAGAACAUGAAUAUGUUGAAAUACAGAAAGCUAUAAAACGGCGUAGUAUUAUUAAUCCUCCGGAGUUUAUUGCAAGUUUGCUGAAAAAUAAGUCUCUCGCGGCUUUAGGAAAGGAACUAAACAAAAUUAAAAUAAAGGAGUUGAUGAAGCUGAACGACAAUUUGGAAGAGGUAAAGCAGUUAAGUCUAAUAUCAGCACCUCCGGAUGCUCUGACAUCAUUUUUUGUUAAGAUACUGUCUCUGUUUCAUCAAUUUGUUUUUCCACAGCAAUCUAUUAUGCAACAAAUUGGAGUGUCGGAAGCUUCUUAUGGUGCAUAUAUAAUUCAUCCUUGUAUCAUAGAACUUCUUACGGGAUUGGAAGGCCACUUGCUUUACGAACCGUAA